UGGGAGCAGUGCAACCGCCGCCUUCGUGAUACGCGGACGUUGUGAGCUUCCCCGACGCCGACGCGAAACUUACAGUGAACGCUUUUUUUUUUUAAUCUAGUGCCAAUAUAGAAACUGUUUUGUGCUGAUUGUUUUAUGCCGGGAAUACAUAUAAUUUGCAGGGACAUUGUAUCAGAUAACCUUGCCUAUGGUAGUUCAUCAGUCUGUUCUAAUAAAUAGUUUGUAAAGGAGUGUCUAAAAUUCUUGUGGCUUCCGACUAUCCUAUUUAGAUUUAAUAAUUCCUCGCAUUCCGCAACCAUGGAGUCUGGUUCCCGGUUGCUGAGUCAGUCUACGCACCACCUGCCCAUCCAAAGUGACACUUAUCUGUACAGUUGAAGAACUAUCGAAGAUGGUGAAAUAGUAGUGUAGUGUUUAAGUGAUAAAAUGAGCUUAUAAGUUAAGUGGAUGUCUGGUGAAAGGGAGAUGCCUUAUUACGGGUAUCGAGAAGGCGGUUCCGACUCCAGCGGGGGUUGCUCGGAGUCGGAAGGGGGGGAGUCGGACUCUGAGGGGGGGUUGAGCACGGAGAGCACGGGGGGGCAAGGGUUGCCUUUCCCCGGCUUUACCCCGGUCGCCCUCAGGUACUUGACGCAAGACACGCGACCUAGGAGCUGGUGCCUCAAGCUGAUCACGAAUCCAUGGUUCGAGAGGAUCUCGAUGCUGGUGAUCUUACUCAACUGCGUGACCCUCGGGAUGUACCAGCCCUGCGUCGACGACCAGUGCGUUACCAACAGGUGCAAGAUAUUACAGGUAUUCGACGACAUAAUAUUCGCAUUUUUCACCUUGGAGAUGACGAUAAAAAUGGUCGCCAUGGGAAUAUACGGCCACGGCACGUAUCUUGCUGACUCGUGGAACAGACUGGACUUUUUUAUUGUUAUGGCUGGGGCACUAGAAUACGCUUUGAACGUGGAAAAUAUAAAUUUAUCGGCUAUAAGAACGAUUCGGGUGCUCAGACCUUUGCGGGCUAUCAACAGGAUACCGAGCAUGCGUAUCCUCGUGAUGCUACUCCUGGAUACUCUGCCAAUGCUGGGCAACGUCUUGCUGCUGUGUUUCUUCGUCUUCUUCAUAUUCGGCAUCGUGGGCGUCCAGCUGUGGGAAGGUAUACUGAGGCAGCGGUGUGAACUGGUGCUACCACCAAAUGUAUUACGACCCAACAUCUCGUUUCAUUACGAGUUUUCGAAAGAGCUGGACUACAUUUGCACGACGCCUGAGGACAGUGGAAUGCAUCUGUGUGGAAACUUCCCCGCAUAUCGCUACGGACCUCUCGUCUGCAAUCAGACGGCGAGACCAUUUUCAUACAACCAUCCAACUAACACAUCGUGCGUCGACUGGAACCAGUAUUAUACAAAUUGCACGCAACGGGGUCCCAAUCCCUUUCAAGGGACUAUAUCUUUCGAUAACAUCGGUCUUGCAUGGGUUGCAAUCUUUUUGGUUAUAUCCCUGGAAGGAUGGACAGACAUAAUGUAUUAUGUACAAGAUGCACACAGUUUUUGGGACUGGGUCUACUUUGUUCUGCUCAUAGUGAUCGGAUCGUUCUUUAUGAUCAACUUAUGCCUAGUCGUUAUUGCAACUCAGUUCAGCGAAACCAAAAAACGCGAGAUGGAGAGAAUGCGCGUUGAGAGGGCGCGAUUCACGUCCACCUCGACGCUCGCUUCGUCCACCAACAACAGUGAACCGGCCACUUGCUACGCCGAAAUUGUCAAAUAUGUCGCACAUUUAUGGAGAAGGUUCAAAAGACGCAUGGCUAAGAAAAUCAGGGUAUACAAAUAUCAAAGAGCGGAACUACAAUGGCGGACAAGUAGAGAAACUCUUCAACUACCCGCAAAUCGUCCAAAACAACACCAUCCCUGUUGUCCUCGAGUGCAUCCCCAGGGCAAUGGAAAGAGUUUGACAGAGGAAGUGAAUGACGAACCCCUUAGUAGACCAAGUUUGAUGCGUGUACCCUCACUUUCGGCCGCCGAUCUUGAGAACGCAUCAAACCUGUCGCUAUUGUCUCCUCCGUCACUCACUCGGAGGCGAUCCUCAGUUAUGUUCAGUGACACCGUCCUGCUUCAUGUACCGAAUGCACAACACGUAGCACAUCCCCACAACGUUUGCUCUUCAGAGAAAAUGACGCAAACCGAUUCAUUGUGUCAACGUGACUGGCUUAAGUGCCAAAGUGAGUUCGACCUACCGACAGGAGAGACUGCCGAAGAAAGAGCAGCAGCAGGUGGAACUAUGUCAUGUCAAGAACUCCUAGCAUUGUCUGGAGCACUAUCGGCUGCUUUACCAACUGGCCAAGUUGCUUUGGAUUCUUUUUUCGAAGAACUAACCAAAGGAAUCAGUAAGAGAGCCGGAGAAGAAAAACUGGAAACUAGGAUUAUUGAAAUAGACGACUUUUCUUGCUGCGCUGAGUUAAUUGCAGCAGAAGCGGCGGCGGCUGAAAAAAAGAAAAGUCGAUUUUCAAGUGCGUGCUUAUUGCUUUGGCGAGAGACGUCGAAACUAUUUUCUCUAAUGCGGAAACACAUAAAAAUCGUUGUCAAUCACAAGUACUUUCAACAAGGUAUAUUACUCGCUAUUUUGAUAAACACUUUAUCAAUGGGCAUUGAAUAUCACAACCAGCCUGAGGAACUAACAGUAAUUGUUGAAAUUAGCAAUGUUGUAUUUUCUGCUAUAUUUGCUGUAGAAAUGAUCCUCAAAAUCAUCGCUGAAGGGCCUUUUAAAUACAUAUCCAAUGGAUUCAACGUGUUUGAUGGUGUAAUCGUGAUUUUAAGUGCAUUCGAGCUAACACAAAGUAUGGGAAAUGAGCACGAUUUAGCUGGAAGUUCGGGCUUAUCAGUUCUACGUACAUUUCGACUCCUGCGAAUUUUGAAACUAGUGCGAUUUAUGCCGAACUUAAGACGACAACUAUUCGUAAUGUUGAGGACUAUGGACAACGUUGCCGUAUUCUUUUCCCUCCUUGUCCUUUUCAUUUUCAUAUUCAGUAUUCUGGGCAUGUAUCUAUUCGGUGGUAAGUUUUGCAAGUUCGUCGAAGAUAACGGGACCGAACGCGACUGCACCUGUCCGGAAAUCGUUUCGCACCACCCCAAGUGUGAGUGCGACAGAAAACAUUUUAAUAAUAUUCUCUGGGCCACGGUCACUGUCUUUCAGGUGUUAACUCAGGAGGAUUGGAACGUUGUUUUAUUUAACGGUAUGGAAAAAACGAGCCACUGGGCUGCGUUAUAUUUCGUUGCAUUGAUGACGUUCGGAAAUUAUGUGUUAUUCAACUUACUAGUAGCUAUUUUAGUUGAAGGAUUCAGUUCGGAGAGAAAUGAAAGAAGAGAGCGGGAGCAACGUGAAUUGGCCAAAUCAAAAUUGUCGAGUGAGUGUUUUUCUGACAAUAACGAAAUGCAUUACGACGACUCUAAUUCCGGAUCACAUUCCAGCGACAGUGUUUCACAGAACGAAAUCAAAAACUUUUGGAAGUCUGCGGAUGAUGUUAGAAAAGCGAAGGAUGACGUAAAUGGUCAGAAAGAUAAAGUAAUUAAAUCUCGUCGUAAAACAAAAAACUCUUCCCACCAUCCUUCACUAUGCAAAGACUGUGCACAAUCAAAUAAAUGCAAUAUCCAGAAAGAAUCAAAAAUGCUCGCCUCGGGUACAUCAGGAGCAUCGGAUAAUAAUAGCACAAUAGUACCAAUGAUAACCCAUACAGCAGCUACACCGCAAGACUCGCCGUCAACAACUUUAGAGCCCGGUGCAACCUUCAAAGAUUUCAACGUAGCGUUAACAUUAGAAAGAUCUACAAUGCUAUCAAGCUUAGAUUCAAUCGAUCGGACAUCUUGUCCCAACAUACCUGGAUUACUUAAGCCACCAAACAGUUAUACACUGACACUCCAUUCCGCUGCUGCUCAAUUAGGUGCUGAAAAAGCAAGACUUCCUCCGUUGACACUCGCACCUCCCCCAUUAACCCUAGCACCGCCUCCAUCUAGAUCUACAUCUCCGGGCUCUACUACACCAACGACUCCUAGGUCAUUACCGUCCCCAAUGUUUCCAGAGAAAAAUCUUCACGUUUCCAUUGCAAAGGAUGAAAACUGCCUAAAUGUCAGCGACAAGUCCAGCUUGCUAAGUUCCCAAAAAAGUAUAACCAUAACUACACCAGUCAUAAAUGGGGAAGACAAAUGCAAAGUACAGCGUGGUUAUAGUUGGAAACCCAGUUUAGUACGUAAAAAACAAAGAACAGGCUCCGAUUCCGAUGCAGUAGUACUUAAUAAUGGACGAGAUCAUAUUUCAUGCAAUGGUUCUAGCUUCAGAAAAAAUGAAUUGUUAUUGUCAUCGUCGAUGGUUAUAAAAAACGAUACACAAUCCGAAUUACCAAAUAACAGAUCAAAAAUAGAGAGAAGAAGAGUUUCUGCUCACACCACCCCUGUGCUACCAGACGUAUCAUGGAAAGCUCCAGAAGCUGGUUUUUCUUCUGACUCCACAGUCAGACUAGAUACGGUUAGAGCUCCACCUCACAGGCUUUCACUUACAAACGAGUACAUAACAGUGACAUCGAUAUCAGAAGUGAAAGCCAGUAAUUUAACUCCUACAACUCCACAAGUUGCACAGAUUCCACCUAGAUUGUCUAGACAGGAGUCUUUAAGGCCUAACAAUCAAGCCUUGCCGUUAAUCAAACAAAUUAAUGAGGAGGUGGCAAUAAACAACAGUGUCUGUAUAUUCUCAUCGAGAUUCGACAGGAGGCGGUUUAGGUUUAAAGACCUUUUUCGAUUUAUGGAGCCGACGGGGUGCCUUAAGGAAAAAGAAGAUUAUUCUCUCUACAUAUUUGCUCCAGAUAACAAGAUAAGGAGAUUAUGUACAUGGAUGGUAACCAGAGGUUGGUUUGACAACAUAGUACUGUUGUUUAUAGCUUUAAAUUGUAUAACGUUAGCCAUGGAGCGGCCAAACAUUCCUCCAGAUUCCAAAGAGAGAGCUUUUUUAUCCAGUGCUAAUUAUGUUUUUACUGUGGUCUUUGCAGUAGAAAUGUUUAUAAAGGUAGUGGCAUCAGGAAUGUUUUAUGGUGCUGAAGCAUACUUUACAUCGGGUUGGAACAUUAUGGAUGGAUCUCUCGUCAUUAUAUCAAUUAUUGAUUUACUAAUGUCAUUAGUUUCUGAAUCUAGUCCCCGGAUAUUUGGAAUUUUAAGGGUAUUCAGAUUAUUACGAUCUCUUAGGCCAUUGAGAGUGAUAAAUCGAGCUCCAGGGCUAAAGUUAGUGGUACAAACAUUAUUAUCGUCAUUGCGACCUAUUGGAAAUAUUGUCCUCAUAUGCUGCACAUUUUUCAUCAUUUUUGGUAUAUUGGGAGUGCAGCUAUUCAAAGGAGCAUUCUUCUACUGUGAAGGUGCAAAUAUCAAGAGUGUCAAAAAUAAAUCCGAUUGUCUAGCCAUAGAUGGGAAUGUAUGGGUCAAUAGAAAGUACAAUUUCGAUGACUUGGGCAAAGCCCUGAUGUCACUAUUUGUACUGAGUUCUAGAGAUGGCUGGGUAAACAUUAUGUAUACGGGACUUGAUGCCGUUGGAGUAGAUCAACAGCCAAUUAUUAACUACUCGGAAUGGCGUCUGUUAUAUUUUAUUGCAUUCAUUCUCUUGGUGGGAUUUUUUGUACUAAACAUGUUCGUAGGAGUAGUAGUAGAAAACUUCCACCGCUGUCGAGAAGAACAAGAAAAGGAAGAAAGAGUAAGGCGAGCUGCAAAAAGAGCAUUGCAAAUGGAAAAGAAAAGACGAAAAAUGCACCAAAGACCUUACUACGCAGAUUAUUCUCAAACUCGUCUUUUUGUACAUAACGUGGUGACAUCAAAAUACUUUGACUUGGCAAUAGCAGGCGUAAUCGGAUUAAACGUCGUAACCAUGGCUAUUGAGUAUUACAGAAUGCCUCCUGCUUUACAAUAUGCCUUGAAGAUUUUCAAUUACUUUUUCACCGCAGUCUUUAUACUUGAAGCAGCAAUGAAACUUGUAGCACUAGGAUUCAAAAUCUAUCUAAAAGACAAAUGGAAUCAAUUAGAUGUAAUAAUUGUUAUACUAUCAAUAGUGGGAAUAGUAUUAGAAGAACUUGAGACCAAUAUAAUUCCAAUAAAUCCCACAAUAAUGCGGGUAAUGAGAGUUCUAAGAAUUGCAAGAGUAUUGAAGUUGUUGAAGAUGGCGAAAGGCAUUAGAGCUUUGUUAGAUACUGUAAUGCAAGCUUUACCGCAGGUUGGAAACUUGGGUCUGCUCUUUUUUCUAUUGUUCUUUAUUUUUGCUGCUUUAGGUGUAGAGUUGUUUGGAAGACUUGAAUGCUCUGACGAAAUUCCUUGUCAAGGUCUUGGUGAACACGCCCACUUUGCUAACUUUGGAAUGGCAUUCCUGACAUUAUUCCGAGUAGCAACUGGCGAUAACUGGAAUGGCAUAAUGAAAGACACAUUGAGGGAAGACUGUGAUAGCUCUGUGGAUUGCGUGAGAAACUGUUGCGUGUCCACAAUCAUCGCACCAAUAUUUUUUGUUGUAUUCGUACUUAUGGCGCAAUUCGUGCUAGUCAACGUAGUAGUAGCGGUUUUGAUGAAACACCUAGAAGAAUCGCAUAAACAAAUGGAAGAUGAAAUGGACAUGGAUGUGGAACUAGAACGUGAAUUGGAACGCGAAGCAGACGACGAAGAAGACCGAGCUCUCUGUAGAGCUCUAGAGGAAUGCGUGUCUCCGCCACGCUCUUUGAACAAGGAUUCAGCGACAUCGGAAGUUCCAGCCGCUCUGUACGAAGAGGAUGCUCGGUUUAUCGAUGCAGAUGACGUCGAUGAAUUAGAACCAGGAAGUCCUCCACGGCGUGACUCUUUUGCUCAAAACAGAAGACAGCGGGUCGACAAAAGAAACUCUCUACGUGGAGAGGAAGCGAGAUUAUUGCGACCCGCACCAGUCCUACUUACAGUUCCUUCAACUAGACAGAGUAUUAGACGUAGCGGAGUUAAAAGAAGAUUGUCAACCGAGUCAGCUGCGACAAGUGACGCCAGUCACGCAUCAUUCCGGUCGCAGUUGACACCGGAAAUAAAUGAUCAGUCUAUAACCGAAGAAGAAAAGAUAAGAAUUGUAAUCGCAGAGAGGCGAAAGAUUGAUACGACUAGGCCAGAGCCCGAAGACGUGGAGUUAUCAGAGCGCGGCUCCUAGUCCAGGCAGGGCCGGCCGCAGCAACACCACGAAGUUUACAUCUAAAUUUCUCACAGGAGAAAUAUAGAUAUUCCCCUUCCCAUGCAACUCCCUAUCUCUUCCAAGAAGGUGUGCUAAAGGGAACGCUCAAAGAAUGAACUCGGUUCUUGAAAAGUGACACAGUGAACGUUUUUAAGUUAAUAAACUUUCGUGAUUCGUGUCUUUGGAGUGUUUAAACUUUUAUUUCAAACCGAUUGAAUGACAAUGUAUGGUGUAACGUUUGAGACUAUUUCCUUUUGUCACAUAAAAUACCCUUUGUUUUCUCUUCGCGGCCGGUUCAACAAACUAUACAAAGAGACUUUAAUAAAUUUAAGAUUUAUUUUUUAAUAUUAGUUAGGUAGUUGUUAGAACUAGUCAAUUUGUGGUGGUGGGAUGUUUUCUACGAGUGCUAAAGUUUACUUCAUGACUUGUUUAAGUAAUUUAUUCGUACGGUGCUUGCUGUUAAUAUUUGAUCUGUUACGUAUAAAUUUAUGUUAGGUGUAUUUGAGGACCUCAACGAACAAUCAACUUGUGUGUGUGAUAAUAAAUACUAUAAUUUCCGUUGAUGUUUGUGAACUUAUUUUAGGUAGGUAUUUAAUGGAAUGUUAGAUUUAGUUUAGUUUAUGUUUUAAGUAUGGGUUUCGAAUCAUUGAAGUUAGAGUGUUGUAUCAACGAUUUAAAAGCCUAUCUAUUUUAAAGUUGUUUUAGCGUUAAUAUUUAAUUUUUAUCUUACCUUCUCCUAGUAAACGACUGUUUAGACUCGUAGUGAACUGUUUCUAGCUAGAUCUAUGUCAAUCUAUUAGUAUUAAAAACAGAACCAAAAGUUCGCGUAAAUUGAGUAUUACUCUCUUUUAAGACGAAGAAUAUUUUCUGAAUAUAAAUGAAUCCUAUUUUCAUACAAAAUCAUGUACCUACUUGUUUAGAUGUUUACUGGCAAUACGCACAUGUUUUAGAAAGUAGAAUAUGUUGGUCAUGUACAUUACAAAAUUAAAUAAAACGACUCCGGUAUUUUGAAAUGUGGUUAAACAUAGUGAUCUGAAUAAAGUAAGGUUUGAAUAUUAUAAAUAGUAUUGCUGUCUAGCGAUAACUAUUGUUAUUUUAGUAGCGGUGCCAAAUUUACACUUGAUGUUUAAGUUAGUCUAUAAUUUUAAUUUGUUUCUGAGGUCAUUGACAGAAAGAUAUAAGUAAAUGCCAAUUACUCGAAAGACACUUUCUAUAUUUCUUCUGUUGUCUUUAUGUUUUAUUAAUUCCUGUUAUGGUAAAACAUAAUUAGUUAGGGAAGUCAGCAAUAAAUUUUAUACUUCAACUGUGCCUUUUCUAUUUCUAAUAUAAUAAUUAUUAGCUUGUGAAAUCGAUGGGAGACUCAAAACUUGGUGUAUAUUGUAGAGGUGACAUUAUAGAUGAAUAUAUGAUGUUACGGUACCUGUUAAUCUUUCUUAAUUUUUUAAAAUUGUACUAAAUUAUAAAGAGGUGACUUCUUGAAAAAAUCCGACUUUAGCAUUCCGAAUUUCACUGUCAUUUUGAUAUCUUCAACAAAUAAUAGAUAUUUAGCAUAUUGUGACCCGUUAUCGCGAUAUAAUGUACUGCAAAAAAAAACCAGACCCCUGUGUUAAAUUUUUACUAAAAAUUUUUGUUAUCACAGGUCAUCUACCAUUGAUUAAAUACAAACUUCAUCAAUUUAUAAGAAAUUUUUAAUCUUAAUUUGUUAAAUGAAAAAAACAUAAUCUAUUAUUAAGUAUAUUUUUAAUCAAAUCUAUUCUACUCUUUCUACCCUCUCAAAAAAUAUUGAAAAUAUUUUGGGAGAGUUUACCAUGAGAAAUAAAAUUAACCAAGUACAUUCUAGCGUGUUAAUGGGGCAUUGAAAUUAGUACAAAAAUUAACUACUUCUUUCCAAUAACAACCUAAUGUCUUCCACCAUCACCUGGUUUUAAAAAUUUUCUAUCUUAAAACACAAUACACUCACUAUUACUACAUACAAUGUGGAAAGUAGCAUAUUAUUUAACCAUGAUACAAAAGAAUUAAUAAAAAAUAAAAUUGUCAUAAAAAAAGAAUUGAUUAAAUGGAAUUUAGUAAAACUAAGAAUAGCGUAUUUUCGUGAUAAACGCACGUGAUAAAUUAUUUAAUUUUUUUAUUCGGUACUGACUGUAUGUUAUGUUUAAGUGGUAUGAACAAUGUUCAUUAUUUGAGUACACCUGUUAAAAUUUAGCUGGUGAUCUGUCAAGUUAAGAAAAUUACGAAAUGUUAGAUUGAAAAUAAAAUAUAAAAAUCGAA